GGACCCGAAAAGGCACGGCCACCGGCGUCCUCCCAGCGCCGGGCUCCAUCGUCCAUCCCGGCCCCGGGCACCAGCAUCGUCCCGGCUCGGGGCACCGUUGUCCGAGCUCCGGCCACCAGUAUCCCAGCCCGGGGUACCAUCGUUGUCCCGGCUCCGGGCACCGGUAUCCCAGCCCGGGGUACAAUCCUUGUCCCGGCUCGGGGCACCGGUAUCCCAGCCCCGGGUACCAUCGUUGUCCCGGCUCCGGGCACCGGUAUCCCAGCCCGGGGUAUAAUCCUUGUCCCGGCUCGGGGCACCGGUAUCCCAGCCCGGGGUUACCACCAUCGUCCUGGCUCUGGUGACUGUCGCCCCAGCUCCUGCACCCCAUCGCCGGGUGGGAUGACGGCCCAGCGGCCGGCGGGGCCUGGCUCACCGCCCCGGCGUGGGGCUCUCUUGCAGAACGUGCUGGCCAAGGCGCUGUACGACAACGUGGCUGAAUCUCCGGACGAGCUCUCCUUCCGCAAGGGCGACAUCAUGACGGUGCUGGAACGCAACACGCAAGGGCUGGAUGGCUGGUGGCUCUGCUCGCUGCAUGGCCGGCAGGGCAUCGUCCCUGGGAACCGCCUCAAGAUCCUGGUGGGGAUGUACGACAAGAAGCAGCAGCAGCAGCAGCCGGCGCCCGCCGCAGCACAGGGGCAAAUGCUGCCGCAGCCUCCGGCACCCCAGCCAGCUCUGCCCUUCCACCACCAAGGCGGGUACACCCCGCUGUCACCCGCCUCGCAGUACACACCCAUGCACUCUGCGUACGCCCCCCAAGGGGACAACGUCUACCUGAUGCCGGUCCCCAGCAAGGGACAGCAGGGUCUCUAUCCGGGCCCGGCGCCCACCGGACAGUUUCCGCCUGCUCCGGCUAAGCAGCCGCCUGCCUACCCGAAACAGACGCCUCCCCAUGCCUUCCCCGGCCAAGAGAUCUACCAGGUGCCCCCCUCCCUGGGCCAAGCGGCAGAGGCGUACCCCGGGGGCUCUGCCAGCCCCCCCCAGGACGUCUACCAGGUUCCUCCCUCGGCCAGUCAGGCUCAGGAUAUCUACCAGGUGCCCCCGUCAUUGGACAUGAGGAGCUGGGAAGGGCACAAGCCCCAGGGAAAGGUGCUGGUGCCCACUCGUGUGGGGCAAGUGUACGUCUAUGACUCCCCCAAGGGUGAGAAGGAUGAGUACGAUUUCCCUCGCCACCUCCUCUCCACGGGCUCCCAGGAGAUCUAUGACGUGCCGCCUGUCCGAGGAGGGGUCCCAAGCCAUUUCAGCCAGGAGGUCUACGACACCCCCCCUAUGGCAGUGAAGGGUCCCAACGGGCAGGACCCGGGGCAGGAGAUCUACGACGUGCCCCCCAGCGUGGAGAAGAACCUGCACCAAACUGUGUACGACGUGCCCCCCUCAGUGAGCAAGGACGUGCCAGAUGGCCCAGCGCGGGAGGAGACCUACGACGUGCCCCCUGCCUUCGCCAAGCAGAAAGCCUUUGAACCCUCCCGCCACCCCGUCAUCCUGGCCCAGCAGGAGCCCUACUUGCUGCAGGAUGUCUACGACGUGCCACCAGCGGCUGGGAAAGGUGCCCCCGAGCCAACGCUCUCCCACGAGAUCUACGAUGUGCCCCCCAGCCUCAAGAAGCUGGGCGGGUCGGCCUUCCCCUCACAGGAGGUGUACGAUGUGCCCCGGGACCUGCAUGCCCCGGGCAAGGGUUCCCUGGACAUGGAGGGCGAGUACAUCUAUGACGUCCCACCACAAGUGGACCGUGAGGCCAAGGGCACUGACACCAAGCGCCUCUCAGCCUCCAGCACGGGCAGCACCCGCAGCAACAUCUCCACAUCCUCGCUGGAUGUGGUGCCCGUGAAGGAGCCGGCCAAGGGAGCCGGCAAGGAGUUCUCCCUGGACUUGGAUGCCGCCAUGGAGACGCUGGCCAAGCUCCAGCACGGUGUUGGCGGUGCUGUCUCCUACCUCAUAUCCUUCAUCGGCACCAACUGGCGCAGCCCUGAGCACAUGGAGGCCAAUGCUGCCAGAAUCCGUGGGGCAGCCGAGGACGUCCGGACAGCCCUGCGGGACCUGCUGGAGUUUGCCCGGGGGGCGGUAGGCAAUGCUGCCCAGGCCUCUGACCGUUCCCUUUAUGCCAAGCUCAGCAAGCAGCUGCAGAAGAUGGAGGAGGUCUACCAGGCCCUGGCACGGCACGGCCAAGCACUGGACGCUUGCCACUGGGCCCCAAGCGCCCUGGCCGGCGGCAAGCCGGGCACGGAUGACUUGGAACACUUUGUCAUGCACUCGCGUGGUGUCCCCGAUGACACCAAGCAGUUGGCCUCCUUCCUGCAUGGCAAUGCUUCCCUCCUCUUCAAACGGACAAAGCCGGCGGCGGAGAGCGGUGGCCAUGGGCCCCCUCACCCCUCUGACAAGGCCAGCAGCAUCCAGUCGCGGCCUCUGCCCUCCCCACCCAAGCUGCUGGCGCAGGAGUCGCCCGAUGGGCCCUACGAGAACAGCGAGAGUGGCUGGAUGGAGGAUUACGACUAUGUCCAUCUCCAGGGCAAGGAGGAGUUUGAGAAGACCCAGAAGGAGCUGCUGGAGAAAGGGAACAUCAUCCGGCAGAGCAAGGACCAGCUGGAGCACCAGCAGCUGAAGCAGUUUGAGCGGCUGGAGCAGGAGGUGACGCGUCCCAUCGACAACGACCUGUCCAACUGGAGUCCUCCCCAGCACUACGGCCCCACACGGAGCGGUGGCACCUUGUGUCCUGCUGACCGCCAGCUCCUCCUCUUUUACCUGGAGCAGUGUGAGGCAAACCUCACCACACUCACCAAUGCUGUCGACGCCUUCUUCACUGCUGUCAGCACCAACCAACCCCCCAAGAUCUUUGUGGCCCACAGCAAGUUCGUCAUCCUCAGCGCCCACAAGCUCGUCUUUAUCGGGGACACGCUGUCCCGCCAGGCCAAGGCGCAGGACGUCCAGCACAAGGUGAUGCACUACAGCAACCUCCUCUGCGAGAUGCUCAAGGAGAUCGUGGUGACCACCAAGGCAGCUGCCCUCCACUACCCGUCUCCUGCUGCCUCUAAGGACAUGGUGGAGCGCGUCAAGGACCUUGCCAACAGCACGCAGCAGUUCAGGAUGGUGCUGAGCCAGCUGGCAGCCAUGUGAUGGCCUCAGGCUGCUGUCCCCUCCCAAUGACCUCCACCCUGUCCCCAGACACACAUCCCCCUCCCCAAGAGCCCUUUCUGCCUGGUGUAAGUGGACAUGUACAUAGAGACUCCUACGUACACUGGGGGCCUGGGGCCAUCAUCUUUUUUCCUCUUCAUCCUCCUCCUGGCCAGAGGACAGCAUUGGUUUCAGAGCCGUGCCCGUCAGGAAGCCAAGCUGGGAGGUGGAUUUGUGACCGCUCCCUCCCUGCUGCCCUCUCCAUGCAAAGCCACGGGGUGUUCCUGGCAUGGAAGCCAUGGGGGCCAUGUCCCCAUGGAAGCAAGAGAGGGACGUGCCAGGUAAUUCAGGCCAACGCUGUGGCUGUUCCCCUCUUGGGGGAGGCUCCCAGCUGGUCUCUGGUGGCCAGCAGAUUUUAAUGGGGUGGAAGCCACCCUGUGCAGUGGGGCAGGGAUGGGUUGUGCUGCUCCCUGUGCGACAGGGGCUGUGGAUAAGGAUUCUCGAGGUGGGUCGAGGCAAUGGGGAGAUUUGGAGCAGGAGGAGGCUGAUCUGUGCAUUCUCAUGUCUCUGGUAUUGCUAUCGGACCAGCUGUAACUGAAACGCAAACUGAAAUUGGUGCCUUUUGAACACAGCGGAAGCUUCUGCUGGUUCCCAGAGCUACGGAGUCGCAGCCCCCCGAAACUCAGCCCCCUGCCGCCCGGCAGCAUAAAGAAUUGCCCAGAACCCCCCCAGCUCC